GAGAGGAGAGAGCGCAGCAACCGAAGUUAGUAGACGGACUCAUCGAUUUAUUGCUGGACAGACACUUAACAUAACCUACGAACCAAGAUGAGAGUUUCGUUAGUCGCUUUUUCAUAAACUUCCGUUUCAUUUUUAGCGGUUUAUAUCCAGACCAACAAGUUUUGUAGACUCACUUUACUGAGUUUACCGUUGUGUUGUGUGUGUGUUCCAGCUAGCUGUGUAGCGGUGGGUUCGGCUGGCUGACUCUCUGUUAGUCGGUCCCACACAGCCAGCUAGUCGCCAGCUAGCGAGUGAGUGCGAGAACCUGCGAGAACCUGCCUGCUUAAACUUAGUUUUACAAAGCGAAUUGUGCGCCUUGACGGUAGAAGAGCUUCUCCAGCUUACAUCGGGUAUAGCAGCGUUAUACAGUCAGCCGUUAUGAUCCCUGAGUGUCCUGCGGCGAGGAGCCGAGCCCAGUCCAACCACAGCCGCUCUGGGUUACUCUGCGAGAUCAAGAGCAGCAUCAGGAGUGAGCCUUUCUCUGACCACUACAGCCUCAUACCGGGCAAGGAGCUGGGCAGGGGGAAGUUUGCAGUGGUGAGGAAGUGUGUAGAGAGAAGCACUGGUCGAGAAUAUGCUGCAAAGUUCAUGAGAAAGAGGAGAAAGGGCCAAGACUGCCGAACAGAAAUCAUUCAUGAGAUUGCUGUGCUGGAGCUGGCAGCAUCCUGCCAACGAGUGGUGAACCUGCAUGAGGUUUACGAGCUUCCCAGCGAGAUGGUGCUUGUUUUGGAGUUUGCUGCUGGUGGGGAGAUCUUUAACCAGUGUGUGGCAGAGCGAGAUGAGGCCUUUAAAGAGGAGGAUGUGAAGCGGCUACUGCGACAGAUCUUGGAGGGCGUUGCCUUUCUUCACAAGAAUAAUGUGGUUCACCUGGACCUCAAGCCACAGAAUAUUCUUCUGACCUGCAAUAAUCCUCUUGGGGACAUUAAGAUAGUGGACUUUGGCUUGUCAAGGAUGGUGAGCAAUAACCAGGAAGUCAGGGAGAUCAUGGGCACACCUGAAUAUGUCGCCCCAGAAGUUCUAAAUUACGAGCCCAUAAGCACAGCCACUGAUAUGUGGAGUAUUGGUGUCCUUGCCUAUGUGAUGCUGACGGGUAUCUCUCCGUUCCUGGGGGAUGAUAAGCAGGAGACCUUCCUGAACAUCUCCCAGAUUAACAUCAGCUAUGCAGAGGAGGAGUUGGAGCGACUGGACAAGGCUGCCAUCCACUUCAUAAAGUUGUUGCUCAUCAAAGAGCCACAGGACCGUGCUACUGCUGAGGAGUGCCUGAAACACCAGUGGCUGCAGACGCAGGAGAAAAACUCUGCGGAGGAGCUGGUGAAGCAGAAGAGUGCCUCCACCUCCAUCCCUGAGCCAAUCAGCACAGAGAUCUCUUCCCAGCAGAGAAAGGAGGAGGAGGAGGAGGGAAGAGUGACGGAGGAGCUCAUCGUCAUGGCCGCCUACACUUUGGGUCAGUGCAGGCAGUCCUCAGACAAGGAGAGCUUGACCCCAGACCAGAAGGCCAUCUCCAAGCGCUUCAAAUUCGAAGAGCCCUUCCCAGCUCUCCAGGAAGUGCCAGGAGAAUUCAUCUACUGAACCACUCGUUGGCCAUCCAGCCACUAAGCUCCAACUAACGCCGCACUUCAGACAAGAAAAUCUUUUCUUCUCUACUUUUAACCCACCUCAUUGUUUGACCUUGUAAGCCAAACUGUAUUUUUUUGUUUGUUAUUUUAUUUUUUCUGUCUAAUGUAUUGUGCUGCUUCACUUAUAUACGGUUAUGUUACUGAAGACUAAGCCUUGCUGUGGUACUUGGUUGUUCUCCCUCUUUCUCUUUUACAUUUUUUUUCUUUCCUUUGGUGCCAUGCUUGCAAAUAUAUGACAAUGUGGGCCAUGAACUGAAUCUUAUGACAUUUAUGCUACCCUCUUUUCAUUAUGGCUUUUUCUUUUUUCUUUUGGUUACAUCUUUGUAAAAGUGAAUGUUGCUUGUGUGUGUGUGUGUGUG